AUGUCGACUAGCGACGAUAACAACCUAAGCGAACGGUUUCGGCCGUGCAACGCCGUGCUGCGCGAGGAGUGCGAGUGCUAUGCCGAUGGUCUAGGUCCGUUCGAAUCCUACGUUAUUAGGUUAGUUGGCGAUACUCCUCAUUUUGGCGGAGCCUGCGGAAAUUAUGGCUGGGGUGGUUCGACCUCGCGCUACAAUUUCAAGAUAGAGAUGCCCGACUUUGUCGUUAACGCCAUCCAGGCCGUUAACCCUAAAUCGGCUCGUCUUAGUAAGCACCGUACCCCUUCUAAGUCGGAGUCUCCCGCUAAGCAGAAGAAGCGGGCUCGCGUUAAGGCCGAGGCUUCUGACGAUUCGGCUAGAUCAAAGCGGCGACGUAAGGGUGCGGCCACUGCCAAGGGCAGUUCUAAGAGUACCUCUAAGGAGGAGAGGAGAGCAAAGAAGCUUCCUAAGGGUCCCGAUUACCCUAAGGACAUUUACAACACCGUGCUAACGCGUGAUAAGCUCUUUAAGUAG